AUGGCGCUGGAACUGCAGGCGGUGGUGAUGGCGGUGGGCGGAGGCUCGCGGAUGAGUGACCUCACCAGUAGCAUCCCGAAGCCCCUCCUCCCGGUGGGGAACAAACCUCUGCUGUGGUACCCGCUGAACAUGCUGGAGCGCGCCGGAUUUGAGGAGGUGAUCGUGGUACCCGGGAGGUCCAGAAGUUUGUUCCGGAUAUGAAGAUGAAGGUGGAUGUCGUGUGUCUGCCGGAGGACAAGGCUCUGGAAAUGGGGACGGCCGAUUCCCUGCGUCACAUCUACUCCAAGAUCAAGACUGACGUCCUGGUUGUGAGUUGUGACCUGAUAACGGAGGUGGCGCUACACGAGGUCAUUGACUUGUUCCGUGCCCACACUGCCACGCUGUCCAUGCUGAUGCGGAAGGCAGCGGAGCCCAGUGAGCACAUCCCAGGACAGAAGGGGAAGCAUAAGGCCGUGGAAGAGCGGGACUUCAUUGGGGUGGACGAUAGCGACUCACGCCUCUUGUUAUUGGCCAAUGAGGAGGAUCUGGAUGACGGCCUGGACUUGAAGAAAUGCAUCUUUCAGAGGUACCCCCGGAUUCGCAUCAAGAUGGGAAUGGUGGACGCGCACCUGUACUGCCUGCGCAAAUACGUGGUGGACUUCCUCAUGACCAAUGACUCGUUCUCCUCCAUCCGGCGGGAGCUGGUGCCAUAUCUGGUCAGUAAGCAGUUCUCCUCCUCACACAAGAAGGUGGACCAGGAUGUGGGCAAGGAGACCCGAGCGAAGGACAUCUACAGCUUUAUACCCCACGAUGAGCUCCUGGAAACGGCAUUGAGUAAAUCGAGCUGGAACGAUCACCGUGGCGACAUGCGGGAACCGUACCACGGCAGCCGCCUGCGCUGCUACGUCCACGUGGCCCAGAGUGAGCUGUGCUGCAGAGUGAACAGUCUGGGGAUGUACAUCGAGGCCAACAAGCAGGUACCUCUGUGCGGCCUCUGUGGGGAAGAUCCGCGCGUUCACAACCCGUCCGCCAUCAUCGCAGAUAAACUCAUGGUGGGGGCGGACAGCAUGGUCGGGGCUCAGACGCAGGUCGGGGAGAAGACCUCCAUAAAACACUCACUUCUCGGCUCCAACUGCACCGUCCGGGAUCGAGUGAAGAUCACCAACUGCAUCAUCAAUGAAUGGCGUCACCGUAAAGGACAACUGCAUCCUCCAGGGGAGCGUGAUCUGCACCAACGCCGUCAUAGAGGGCGGAGCCGACAUCAAGGACUGCCUACUGGGCUCCGCCCUUCGUAUUCCCAGUAAAGCGAAAACGCGUCAACGAAAUCAUCGCAGGAAACGAGCAAUUGAUGGAGAUUUAG